AGUUCACCACCACCGGACACCGGUGAAAACCAAUCGGCGAGUGACGCAGCCGACGACCACCUCGCCGACGAUCCCUCCUCCACCACCUCCCGGCGCGCGCGCGAGGGGCAGCCCGCCGCCCCCUCCCCCGCCCGCCGUACGAGAGCCGCCAGAUCGGCCCCGUCGCGGCGCGCCGCACCCUCCAGAUCCUCCGAGAGAGAGCGGGCGGGCGGGCGGGCGGGGAGGGGAGAUCUCGGGGAGCCAUGGACAAGUCGAGCGCCCUCGAGUACAUCAACCAGAUGUUCCCCACAGAGGCGUCGUUGUCGGGCGUCGAGCCGCUGAUGCAGAAGAUACAGAGCGAGAUUCGACGGGUGGACGCCAGCAUCCUCGCCGCCGUCCGGCAGCAGAGCAACUCUGGAACCAAGGCCAAGGAAGAACUUGCUGCAGCAACAAAUGCUGUUCAGGAACUGAUGCACAAGAUACAUGAGAUAAAAACUAAGGCAGAACAAAGUGAAUCGAUGGUUCAAGAAAUUUGUCGUGACAUAAAAAAGCUGGAUUGUGCCAAGAGACAUAUAACAACUACAAUAACUGCUCUCCACCGUCUUACUAUGCUUGUUUCUGCUGUUGAGCAACUUCAGGUCAUGGCCUCAAAACGUCAGUACAAAGAAGCAGCUGCACAACUGGAGGCAGUAAAUCAGCUGUGCAGUCAUUUUGAAGCAUAUAGGGACGUGCCGAAGAUAACAGAGCUCAGUGAGAAAUUCAAGAAUAUCAAGAAAAUCCUCAAAUCUCAUGUGUUUUCUGAUUUUUCAAGCUUAGGGACUGGGAAGGAAACAGAGGAUGCAACUCUACUGCAGCAGCUAUCUGAUGCUUGCUUGGUGGUUGAUGCUUUGGAGCCAUCUGUGAGGGAAGAGCUAGUUAAGAAUUUUUGCAGCAAGGAGCUUACCUCAUAUAAGCAGAUCUUUGAAGGAGCAGAACUUGCCAAAUUAGAUAAAACUGAAAGGAGAUAUGCAUGGAUUAAGCGUCGACUACGGUCAAACGAGGAUACCUGGAAAAUAUUCCCACCAUCUUGGCAUGUUGACUAUCUAUUGUGCAUUCAGUUCUGUAAAAUUACAAGGGCCCAGCUUAUUGAUAUUCUCAACAAUUUGAAAGAAAAGCCAGAUGUUGCGACUUUGUUACUGGCAUUACAGAGAACACUUGAGUUUGAGGAAGAAUUAGCGGAGAAAUUCAGUGGUGGAGCGACGAGCACUCGGAAUAAAGAGUCAGCAAGUGAUGAUGAAAAUGAGGACACCGGGCGUAAUAAAAUUGUUUCAGACAUUCGGAAGAAAUAUGAGAAGAAACUGGCAGUGCCAAAUGAUGAAACUGAACAUCAGGACAAAGACAAGCAGAAAGAUUUAUCGAUUCCUGGUGCUGGUUUCAACUUCCAUGGAAUUAUAUCGUCUUGUUUUGAACCAUAUAUGAGUGUGUACAUAGAACUUGAGGAGAAAUCUCUAGUUGAUCAGUUAGAUAAACUUAUUCAGGAAGAAAAAUGGGAGACAGAGGAAGGGAGUCAAACAAAUAUUCUGUCAAGCAGCAUGCAGGUGUUCUUGGUAAUUAGGAGAAGCUUAAAUAGGUGCAGUGCGUUAACAAAGAACGAGACAUUAUUUAACUUGUUUCAGGUAUUUCAAAGAGUACUUAAAGCCUAUGCAUCGAAGUUAUAUGCUAGGUUACCGAAAGGUGGUACUGGGAUUGUUGCAGCUGCUACUGGUACUGAUGGGCUGAUCAGGACCUCCGAUCGAGAUGAGAAAAUGAUAUGUUAUAUUGUUAACACUGCAGAAUACUGUCACCAAACGUCUGGUGAGCUAGCUGAGAAUGUUGCUAAGAUGAUUAACCCCCAGUUUGCUGACAAAGUGGACAUCUCUGAAGUUCAGGAUGAAUUCUCAGCUUUGAUCACAAAAGCGUUGAUGACACUUGUGCAUGGCCUUGAAACCAAGUUUGAUGCUGAAAUGGUUGCAAUGACUCGCGUACCAUGGUCAACCCUUGAAAGUGUUGGCGACCAAUCAGAAUACGUGAAUGGUAUUAGCUCUAUUCUGUCCAGCAGUAUUCCUGUUCUCGGCAACCUGCUUUCACCAACUUACUUUCAGUAUUUCCUGGACAAAUUGGCAGCCUCUCUUGGACCUCGGUUUUAUCUCAAUAUAUAUAAGUGCAAGCAUAUAUCAGAAACCGGUGCACAGCAGAUGCUUUUGGAUACACAAGCUGUAAAGACAAUUCUAUUAGACAUACCAGCCCUUGGAAAACAGAGUACUGUUGCGGCUAGCUACUCCAAGUUUGUAAACCGGGAAAUGAGUAAAGCGGAAGCACUCCUAAAGGUUAUUUUGUCACCAGUUGAUUCCGUUGCCAACACUUACCGUGCUCUCCUUCCCGAAGGAACACCUCUCGAAUUCCAAAGGAUACUUGAUCUCAAGGGCUUGAAGAAAGCAGACCAGCAAACUAUACUGGAGGACUUCAACAAGCACAGCCCCAGCAUCAAACACCCUACCGUGGCUCCAACGGUGGCACCACCAGUCCCCACUGCAUCCGUCCACAUUGCACCGGUGGCCACCCCGGCCGUUUCGGUCACACCAAGCAUGGCUACCUUGACCGGAGCUCUGUCCAACCGAGAGGACGUGCUCGCCCGCGCCGCGGCGCUUGGGCGGGGCGCCGCCACUACGGGGUUCAAGAGGUUCCUUGCAUUGACAGAGGCGGCCAAGGAUCGAAAGGACGGGCCAUUUCGCAAGCUGUUCAAUGCCUAGAUUUUUUUUGCUUGUGCUUCUUGUUCAUAGUUUGCGUAUCUCCUGCAGUGCACAUAGCUAUAGGAAAUUUUUUUACCCCCACAUAUAACCUCCAUCGGUGUAUAAUGAGCUAACAUUUUGAUCCAUCUUGCGGAGUACGAGUAAUUUAGUUGUAUUAAAAAAGUAU